GCGACUGACAACAGACAGUUAAACCGGAGAAGGAACAAAGCUGAUUGCAGUUCAUUAUAAUGUAGAAGCAACGGUCAUUACUUAUUCUCAUCACAAUUAUUCUUCACUUUUGAAUUAUUAUUCUUUUGUUGACUUGGUCGAGCAGUGCAGGAAAAUGUCGAGCAUUCUUAAUACAGUUUUAUCAGAGGUAGGCUGGGAUGAGCGCUUUGCUAUCCCGGAACCUAACGCUGAAAACAAGGCUUUGAUAGAAGAGAUUCGUAAGAAAGAGACUAAGUUGGGGCAACUGGAAAACACUCUUGAGGGAAACAAGGAAAAAAAGCAGUUAUUGACUGAAUUUCUCAAAAAUGCAAAACAUGAGCUGGACAAUACCGAGGCUCUGUACAAGGCAAAGGAAAGAGAAGAAGAAUUGGAGAAACACCUUAUGGCCCUCGGAGAAAGGGAGACCGGUCGCCUGGCACAGGAAAUUGCUAAAAUGGAGAGUGACCAUAGAGCUUUAGCAGAGAGAAGGAACAUGCUAGAGAACCAUAUAUUCAAGGCUAAACAAAAGCUAGAAGAGUUUAAAGACCAGAUGAACUGGGACCAGCAGACUAUGGAUGCCUUUUUAGAAGAGUCAGCACGCAAAGAUGAGGACACAAUGGCCAUCAUCAAGUACGCCCAGCAAGAUGAGCAGAGGAUCAAGUCACUCACUCUGGCUAUAGAGAAGAAGACACUGGAGGCCAAUGGAAAGCGCAAAGCACUUGACAAAGAAUUGACUGAGACUAUAUCCGCACAGAUUGCUUUGGAUAAAACUACAGAAAACUUGCAAAAGGCCCACCUGGAGACACAGCAGCUCAUCCACCAGUGGGAAAAUACAAUCAAGCAGAUGAAGCAACGAGACGCUGAGAUGCAGCAGUGUGCACUGCAACUUGCCCAGGCCAACCAGAACAUCAGGGAAAGGAAUGCCACAAUUACAGAGAGGAAGCACUUGCUGGAUACUCAGAGGAACAACAACAAGGAAACUGAGAGGAAGAUAACCAUAGCCAACCAACGGGCUGUAAAGCUGCGGCAGGAUUUGAAGGAGCAGGAGAAUAACUGCAGCAGGCUGCAGGAUGAGCUGGAUAGUUGCAAAGGUGCACGGGACAGAGCAACCUCUGAUGUGGAGUCUGUGACGUCCCACAUAUCCAGAAUGAAGAAAGACAUACAGCAAAACAAUGACAGACUCAAGGACACCAGGGCCUACAAUGUUACACUGGAAGACAAGCUGAAAGUUGUGACUCAGACCGCCCUUAGUGAGGAGGAGAGAGCUGCACAGAUGGACCAGUUCCUCAAGGACGAGGAACUGGCGAUCAAGGAGUUGGAUGUCCAGCUGUGUGACUACAGGGAGGAGCUUUUUUGUCGUAAAGAGAAGUUGCAGGCCCUCAAGACAAAGGAGAAGGAUUCUAUCGCCCAUGUUUCGAGGAGUAAAUCCACCAUCACUAGGUUGGACAGCCAGCUCAGAAAAGUGGAGAAGGAACUUAUGAGACAGCAGAUGACCACGAGUGAACAGGACUCCCAGAUCAUCUGCCUGGGAAGAAAACUGGCACAGCUGCAAGGUGACAUUCACUCAGAAGAACAGGAGAUGCUAGACAGGAAGAUCACUGAGCUGACUAAAGCUUUAGAAGAGAAGAAGAAGAUAGCAAAUAUGCUUACCAGUACCCUCAAAGAGUCUGAGGAUGAUAUUCGCUAUUUGAGGAAAGAGAUGGAGAAGUCAGAAGCUCAAAAGAGAGAUCUGGCCAACAAGGUAGAGGAGCUCAUGCUACUCCGCAGCACCAAUGAAAAGGAGCUGAAGAGACUCAGGCUGAGGAAACAGGACAACAUGGUGGACCACAACAUCAUGAAGAUAGAGGUCAAACGUAUGAGGGAUCUGCUGUACAACAAGGCAGACACUGUGCUGUCCUUGGAGAAGAGGAAACUGGAGCUGCAGAAAGCCAUAAAUGAGAGGGAGGAUGAGAUCAAGGUGUACAGAGAAAUGCUCAGCCAGCAGCUCAAGAUCAGUGAGCAGGAGAGACAGAGACUCAGUGUUGAACUGAAUGAGAAACUCUCCAAGAUCGACAUGAUGAAGAAACGCUUUGAGGUGGUGACGCUUUCAAUAGCAGCUCCUGAGGGGGAAAAAGAAAAAUCACAGGCUUACUACAUCACGAAGGCUGCACAAGAGAAAGAGGAGCUCAAGCGGAAGGGAGAUGGUCUGGAUGCUAAAAUCCGCAAGAUGGAGUUGGAAAAUAGAGCUCUGGACAACACCAUUCAGUUGUUCAACAACAGUAACUCAGCAUUUCGCAAAUCCCUCAACAAAACAAAUGAAACCAGUCCAGAGUACCAGGAAAAGCUGAAGCUAGAAGAGCAGUUGAAGGCAGCUGAAGAGACGCUUAAGUAUAAGAAAAGACAAAUCCAAGAGCUCCAACAGGACUUACAGGACAUGAACAAUACCUUUGAGAGUCUGCUGCAAGACGAGCAGGUGGAGACAGAUAAGAUAGAGCAAAAGCAGUCAUUCAUCAAUAAACUGAACAAAGAAAUUGCUUCCCAGCAUGAGAAAAUUGACAGAGCCACAAAGCAGUGCUCUAAGCUGACGAAAGAGAUCCGCUCAGCAAAAAACACCAAGGCUGAGACUUUUGAGGAGAAGGACAUUAAGCUGAGGGAGUUGAAAGAAUUCAACAGGAGUAUCGACAAGAUGCUGAACGAAGCCGUGGAGGACAAACCUGACCUCAGAACAGUGUUGGAGAAAUACUUCCUGCAGGCCAAUCUGACUUUUCCAUCUCCAUCUUCCACUCCUACGAGCCAUCGGAGCUCCAAGACAAACUCUGCCUGCAGCUCCGCCUCCCUCAGAUCUCCUGCGUCGUCAGCAGGCAGCAGCCCCAGGGCCUCUGCUCUUCACUCCCCCGUACUGAAGACUGUGGAACUGGGCUUGGAUCUGACUGUGACCUCCUCUCCUCUCACCACCUCCAGACGUUCCAGCUCUGCGAGCACCAGCAGCAGCAGCAACAGAAAGCUAAAGAGCCCGUAGUGUGCUGCUCCUCUGUCUGAUGGCCGAUGUAUCAUCAUUCUUUAUUUUCUCAUAAAUUAUUCAUUAUAGUUGCACAAAAUAACUGCAUAACUUGCAUUAAAAAGUCUGUUACUGUUAAUUUUAGUAUUAUGUGUAAAUGUGUUAUUUGUAGACUUUGUUGAUUUCUUUGUAGUUAUUUUAUUUAUUUAUUCAACUGUAAUGUAGCCUGAGGAAGACAGUCACAUCCUCCAAAAAAAGAUUGGAGGUGCCCACCAUGUGUAGACAGACUUAAUUUGAAAAAAGAAACACGACCCUUGUUUUUUAUUUCCUGUUCUUGUUUUUAUGGGGUUUGUGUCUCAAAAAUGUAACUGACUCAAAUACAUCUCAAUAAAAAGACAGAAAAAUCUUGCUGCCACA